CUUAUACAUGCACUCAGUGUGGAAAGAGCUUCACUGAAAAAAGAAACGUAAAACUCCACAUGAGCGUUCACACUGGAGAGAAGCCUUUCACUUGCCAACAGUGUGGGAAGAGUUUUACGCAAAAAGGACAUCUUAAAAGCCACAUGAGAAUUCACUCCAGUGAGAAGACAUUUACGUGCCAGCAGUGUGGAACGAGUUUCACUGAAAAAGGAAACCUUAAAAAACACAUGACAGUUCACACUGGAGAGAAGCCUCACGCCUGCAAAUUGUGUGGAAAGAGCUUCACUGAAAAAAGAAACGUAAAACUCCACAUGAGCGUUCACACUGGAGAGAAGCCUUAUACCUGCGAACAGUGUGGGAAGAGUUUUACGCAAAAAGGACAUCUUAAAAGCCACAUGAGAAUUCAUACUGGAGAGAAGCCUUAUACAUGCACUCAGUGUGGAAAGAGCUUCACUGAGAAAAGAAACGUAAAACUCCACAUGAGCGUUCACACUGGAGAGAAGCCUUACACCUGCCAACAGUGUGGGAAGAGUUUCACACAAAAACAACAACUUAAAGUCCACAUGAGAAGUCACACGGGAGAGAAAGCUUUUACUUGCCAACAGUGUGGAAAGAGCUUCACUGAAAAUGUACACCUUAAAGUCCACAUGAGAACUCACACUGGAGAGAAGCCUUACACCUGCCAACUGUGUGGAAAGAGCUUCUCUCAAAGAGGACAUCUUAAAGUCCACAUGAGAGUUCACACUGGAGAGAAGCCUUACACAUGCACUCAGUGUGGAAGGAGCUUCACAACAGAAAUAAACCUCAGGUAUCACAUGAGAGUUCACACCGGAGAGAAGCCGUUCACAUGUGAUCAGUGUGGAAAGAGUUUCAAACAAAAAAAAUCCCUUAACUGUCACUUGAGUUCACCCAAGAAGUGUGGAAAAAGUGUCAGUCUAAACCAGGGGUCAGCAACCUUUAUGUCAUGAAGUGCCAUUUUUAAGUUUACUAGUUAAUCCCUGUGACACAACCUGUGUC